AUGGUCAAAAAGGGCGCUGCCGGGACGGCGAUCCGUCAGUGCUCAUUCGAGGCCGGGGCUUGUAAAGUUUUCCCGGCACAAACAUCCACGAUUAUCCUGGUUCUCCUCGCCCCGACGCUCAACCUCGACGGAAAACCCGUGUUCUUCAGACUCACAAAACCUGCAGAUACCCACUUCUUCAGCUUCUCGCCUGACUUCCGUCCCAGGUCUUCCGAAGCACGUCUCUUUUACGCUAGCCACGGGAUCGACAUGGCGAAGCACUUGGGCUUCCUGGCCCUGCUAUUCGCAUCUGCUGCCAGAGUUUCAUCCCUGUCGCGAUCCUCAGCCGCAACCCGCUCAACCAAUGCCAACACUCUGUUCGCUGAGGAGACUGUCCAGCUCACUGACGAGUCACUGAGCGAGUUGGGCUCUCUUCUCUAUGGACAAUCUAUUGGUCUCGACCAUGCUACCUUCGACCAAGUUUUCGGCUUCUCAAAAGGCGAUUCCGUGACCAAGAGGUCUUCAGGAGACUGCAAGACUUAUGCGGGUGACUUCUCAUGGCCGGACCAACUCGUGUGGUUCGCUUUCGACUUCCUCCUUGGCAAUGCCCUGCUCGAGGUGCCACCAAUAGCCUCGCCAUGUUACUCGAACUGGGAAAACUACGAAGAAGCCCUCUGCGCGUCGAUCUCGGAUAGCUUUACCGACAGCCAUCUCCACAUGGACCAUCCUUCAUCUAUCAUGAGCCCAUUCUACCAAGGCGCGACCUGCAUGCCCAUCGAAGGCAGCCCAGGAAAUUGUACUUUGGGAGGCUUCCCCUAUUAUGUCGUCAACGCUACCAACGUGGCGCAAAUCCAACUCGCCAUCAACCUGGCGCGGAAUAUGAACCUUCGUCUCGUUAUCAAGAACACUGGGCAUGACUUCGCAGGGAAGUCAGCAGGCGCAGGCGCGCUCAGCAUCUGGACGCACAAUAUCAAGGGCCUCGAAUACCUACCCGAAUACUCGAGCAGCAGCUACACCGGCCCAGCUUUUAAGAUGGGAUCCGGCGUCCAGACCUUCGAGCUCUACGCCGCGGCCAAAGAGCAGGGAGUAACAGUCAUAGGUGGCGAGGGUGAAACUGUCGGAGUUGCCGGAGGCUAUAUCCAAGGUGGUGGCCACUCGCCCUUGGGCAGUGUCUAUGGGUUGGGUUCCGAUCAGGCCAUCGCUUUUCAGAUCGUCACCGCCGACGGGCAGUUCUUGACUGCGUCUGAGGAAGAAAACUCGGAUCUUUUCUGGGCUCUUCGUGGUGGCGGUGGAGGCACCUUUGGGGUUGUGACGAGCGUCACGGUGAAGGCUUACCCGAAAAUCGGCGCCACCAUCUCCAACUUCACGCUGACGACUGGUGAUGAUCUCGACUCGGAGACCUUCUGGCAGGCGAUGCGACUCUUCUGGAAUCACUUUGUGGAUCUCGCAGAUGCUGGAGCCUACUCCUAUUUCCGUUUCUACGCUAUCGGCCCGGACUCUUACUACUUCGGCAUGACUCCUUUCUUGACGCCAAACAUGACUGUAGAUGAGCAUAAUGCCUUGCUCCAGCCCUGGAUCGAUGAACUGUCUGCCCUCAAUGUAUCGCUUACAUGGGUCUCCGAACCGACGUACUAUGACAACUUUUACGAUGCUUGGGAGCAGGCGUUCCCUCUUGAGACAGUUGGCCUCGACGCUGGCAGGAUUGCUUCACGACUGUUCCCACGCGAAAACUGGGAGAACACGACGUUGCUGAACGAGACUUGGGCCGCCGUGAAGAAUACUACCGAGAACGGAUUCUACUUCACUGGGUUCAACAUGAAGAAUGAGCUGUUCCCCGGAAACACCGCAAGUUCAGCGAACCCAGCGUGGCGGAGCUCUGUGUUGCACGCGAUUACGGCUGUGUCUUGGACAGAUCCUACCUCGCCGGAGAAGAUCAUCGAGCUCUCAGACAGCAUGACAUACGGAUGCUUGGACCAGUGGAGGGCUGUGACCCCUAAGUCUGGAUCAUAUCUUGGAGAGGCUGAUUCCGCCGAGCCAAAUUGGCAACAAUCCUUUUGGGGAUCCAACUAUGAUCAGCUCUUGUCUAUCAAGCAGAAAUAUGACCCGAAUGACGUAUUUUAUGCCAGGAACGCUGUUGGCAGUGAGAACUGGAAGGUUGAGACUGAGACUGGGCUGCCGACGCAAAACGGCAAGCUUUGCAGGAUAUGA